AUGUAUCCUGCAAGUCUCCAAAGUAAUUUAGGAGACGCGAUGUUAUACGUUGCUUCUAUUCUCCAUAACGCGAGCAUCUCACGCCCAAAAGUUCAAAAAGUACUAGUGAUAUUGACAGCUAGCAAGAGCCAUGAUGAAAUCGCAGUUCCCUCGUAUCUUUUACUGAAGAACUACAAUGUGACAGUGUUUACAAUUGCUGUUGGGAGUGAAUACAGCCUGGGUCAAGUUAAGGAGAUCUCCUCCGAUCCAGACAGCGACCACAUACUCACUUACGAUUCUGGUAAAGAGCUUGGAUUUGAGGUUGCACACUUUAAAGAAAGGAUGGCUGAAGGUAAGUAUCUUGUUUUAUCAAUUAUGAAUAGUAGGCUCUUAGGCCUCUUUUCGUCUUUACGUUAGUAAAUCACGACUGAUUAUUGUUUUAAGGAACUGGGAUACGUAACUGCAAAUGAAACGUAGAUUGAUCGGAGAGGGCUAAAACUGAAACUGCAUAAUUAGAACAGAAUGUUUUAUCAUUAUAUCUUAGCACUUGACCCAUGCUCCGGAAAUCCUUGUAUGAAUGGAACUUGUGAAUCUUCAGAAAGUGGCUACGUAUGCAUUUGCCAUCCAGGAUAUUCAGGAAUGAAAUGCGAUAAAGGUCAGCACAAUAGGAUAUUUAUUAUAUCUGAUAGUUUCAGAUGAGGCUUAGAAAGAAGAGAGGUUUCCUUGCAUGCGACAUCAAUAACCUAUGCCUUACUUUUUUGAUAACCCUUGUUGCGCGAGAUUCUCAGUGAAAUGGACGUUGCGAAGUGGCGACAAUUGGUUUUUCUCCAAAACAUUCAAGCAUUCCCGAGAAACGAAAUACCUUAAUCUCAAAAUAUCUUAAGAGGGAUUUGUACCUUUGAUAUAAAUGUCACUUAUCUCGUUCCGUUUGGAAGGGAAUGCAGUACUUAAACGGGGUCAGUUUCCUUAAUUUUUAAGAUAAUUUUAGCUGAUAUUCCACCUACCCUCACUUGUCGCUGUGCAAAGCAUUGAAAAAAAUUGGCUUUCAAACUAAGUAUGUACUUAAAAGUUGUAAUUUAUAUUUAGUUCAUGAUCCAUGCAAUCCUGAUCCUUGCAAAAAUGCUGGCACGUGCGAAGUCUUGCCACUCAACUCCUAUUACUGCGCAUGCUCACCGGGCUGGACCGGACCCAACUGCGAAGAAGGUUGGUAACUUUAUAAAUGUAAGCAAGUUACUGACACAACAUUUGUCCAAGGCAAAUGAACUGAGGUCUUAUUUUUCUAAAAGUUAUCUGUAAAUAAAUGGAGUCGCGUAAUUUUGAUCUGUAUGUUUUUAAGCCAAAGCUCUUUGACUUUUUAAUCUGUUUAUCUUCUUCUUCGUCUCACUAGACAUCAAAGAAUGUUCAUUACCGCACAAAAUUUGCCAGAAUGGAGGAACUUGUGAAGAACGAAUGGGUGACUACCACUGCAACUGUACAGGAGGAUAUGCUGGGAAAAAUUGUGAUAAAGGUGAAUACGUAUAGGUGUUCUAUCAAUUUCAUGCAAAGCAUGAUUAGGCAGAACUGACUUUAAUGUCCCACGAACUUUUAAUAUUUUGAAACCAAAAUUUUUUUCAAGACAUCAGACUCCUUAGGUUCCUUGAAGCUUUGAAAUACUUCUACCUUUUUCGACUUUACUGUAAUCAGUUGCGGAGCGUAGAAACUCUGAAGGUGUUGUGUGAUGACAGAGACUAACAAACAAGAAAAAAACAUAGCUAACGAAAGAUAAGGAUUUGGGAUUAGAAAAAACGAACAGAUGAACAAAUGUUAAGGAAUUCUCGCAGUCUUAUCUGCCGGUUUUGCCUUGUUUAUGAAUGUUAGUUUAAUUAUAUGCCCUUCAAAAGAUCUCACAUUUGGAUAUAACUUUUAUUUUUACAGUCUUCAAAGAAACCAUGAUUGACAUGGUCUUUAUGAUAGAUGGAUCUUCCAACCAGAACACAGGAAAUAGAUAUUUUGUCUACAUAAUAAACAUUAUUAAGUUUAUCCUGGGCUAUCUUCACGAUCCUAACACAAGAAUUGGAGUGGUCCUGUAUUCGUCGGUUAUGAAAACAGAAAGUUACUACAAUUACACUCGAAACCAAACAUUGCAGUCAUUAGAGAACUUACCUACACUUCCUCCUGGGUCACUGAUUGGAAAAUCGCUGAAUUAUACAAGACAAGGAUUCUUCAACAACAGCCGAAAAAAUACUCACCGUGUUCUUGUUGUUUUCACUGCUGGGACGUCAAACGAUGGUGUCGCAGUUGCAUCGAAAUUACUCCAUAACAUGAACGUAACAAUUCUAGUUGUUGCUAUGGGAGACUGGUACGAUAUCAAACAAGUUGAAGUCGUGGCAAGCCAACCACAUUUAAACACUAUUGUUUUCACAAGUUACUACCAACUUGUACAUAUGAGUUGGAAAAUCCAUGAAAUGAUUUGUGAAGGUAAGGCUGAGUUAUUUGCAUGUGUUUGCGGAUGCUUGGUGGAAAGAGUACCUUUUAUGGUUAUUGAAUCCUAGUUUUCCCGUAAAGAAAUCGUUUUACCCUUUUUCUCCUCGUACACUGUUCCUGAAUUUGCGUAAUGCAGUUUUAUGUAGCUGCGUUUAUUACUGCCUAUUCCCGAGGUUUUGAGUCAUUUUGUGUUACGGGAACAUAUCAGUUUGAUUAUAUAAAAAAAUAGUGACGAGAUUAAACUAAAAAGGACUGAGGAGGAUUAAGGAUGAAGAUGAUGGACGCAGAUUGAAACGAAACAUCUUCAAAACCGUGUUGUUUUUUUAUUCUCGUGGAAAAGACACAGUGCCUCUCUACAUCUAGUUUAUUUACGUUCGUCUCAAGAAAUUGAAAAGACGAAACCUGGUGAGAGGGGAGGGCUGGGCGAGGGGGGUAGAAGAGGUGAAUAAAAAUUGUAAUCAAGACAAGAGAUCAUUGGAAUUUUUUAAUGUACAUGCUGAUGAUUCAUAGUAUUGCAGUAUCCGUUCGAUCUUGCUCCCAGGGUGACUUGCAUUUUGCUUUAGUGACGAUAAAGAACAUUUCUUGUGGACAUUGUAAAUGAUUGCUUCUUUUUGUUUAAAUAUCAGCCGUUGACCACUGCUUCAGCAGUCCGUGUAUGAAUAACGGAACAUGCCACAACUCUUUGCAUGGAUACGAGUGCGCAUGCCCUAAAGGAGUGAAGGGAACUCACUGUGAAGAAGGUACGGACGGGUAAUCAUUACUCUUUAUUGAACUCCCAAGAUCUAGCAACCUCACUAUUUAUAUUGUUAAAUUGAUAUUUCAAGUUUAUAAUGUAUGCCUUGUUUACGAGUGUGAUCCUUUCUUCAAUUGCAGUAAUAGACAAUUGUGUCGUAAACAACACUUGCAGCGAAGGACAAGUUUGUAUCAGCCAGGUUGGAUCACAUGAGUGUGUGUGUCUGAACGGAUUCUACGGGAAAAAAUGCGACAAAGGUAAAGAAAAAAAAACACGCAGAAAAGCAAAGAAAAAAUCAUAAAAUGGUACUUCACUCCUUAUAUCUCGGUUUCUGAAUAAAUUGUUUUAAACCCGUAGAUCUGUUUGGGAAUUUUCUCUAUUUGCUGCUUAGUACCUCUUGAAAAUCAGUUUACAAAAUUUGGUCUCGUACCAAAAAACUAUCUCGCUGAUGAAUUUGUCUCACCCCAUCGCACGUGUAAUGGUAUUGAUAUUGAGAGAAGAAGUUACAGACAUCAUUUUUGGAAGUUGAACAUUAAAUGACCUUCUGAUAUUGUUACUCUUAGAAAGGUCAGCCGUAAUUGUAAUUUUUUCCUCCUUGCAGCUUGUAAUACCACGAUGGAUAUUGUAUUUCUUGCGGAUGGGACGGAAGGAGCCAAGAUGGAAAAUUUUUUACGAAUUAUACGACUCAUCAAAAAUGUCGCGAAAGUACUCCACGUUUCUGAACAAGGAGCGCAUGUUGGUUUGGUGCUUUAUGGCGACGAUUCUCAAAUAAUUCUCAAUCUGAAUGAUCAUUUUAGUUAUACAGACCUUUAUAAAGUUAUUUCCAAGAUUUAUUUGCUUAACAAGAAGAAGCGUUACGUUGGGAAAGGUCUAAAGUAUGUCAAGGACGAGGUUUUUGCUAAGUAUGGUCGCAAUGGUGUCCCCAAAGUCAUUAUCCUUCUACAAAACAAAAGAUCUGAAGACGCUAUAGGCGAAAUCUCACAGGCCAUCAAGAAAUACGGCGUCAAAAUAUUUGCAGUUGGUAAUGGAGACAAGAUGGCGAAAGGGCAACUGAAAGAAAUCGCCUCUAAACCAAUGUCGAUGUACUAUAAGUAUUCUAAGUCUUGGGAUAUAGACACGGCUUUGUUUACAGAAGAGAUGAAGGACUCUGUCUGCAUGGGUAAGUCCUUGUGUGCUUCUUAAGAAACUGUCGAAUCCUUUUUCCCUUGUGCUUUGUUCAAGGAUAAGCGCAUUAGUUGUGUUUGUUGUUAUUACAACUACGUCACGAAAUCAUGCUUCGUUACCUGUUUUAUGCCCGAAAUUACCUCUUACGUGAAAAAGAGGAUUAAAAUAUAAGUUUAUUAGGAUAGAAAAAUACCAAAAUGGAUGGAUCAAACAUAAAAAGAGCGAAGAUGAAGGAGGAUGAGGGAUACUGAGACUGCAAACGAGCACCUCGAAAACAGUGACCGGCAAAACGUGACACACCAAGUCGAGCCGAGCGAUGUUUUCUUCAACCAAAAUGCUUUGCCUGUGUUCAUACUUUAUUCAACAAGCCAAAAAUGUGAACAACCAUUGCUAAAUAAUGAAUACAUUUGUGCGUGGCAUACUUUUGUAAGAUUGAAAAAACACUCUUCCAUAUUGCAGCGUUAAAUCCUUGUUCGUCAUCACCGUGUCGCAACAACGGUACAUGUGUUCCAAAUGAAGAUGGAUACAGAUGCAAUUGUCCACAGGGAUACUCAGGAAGCAGAUGUGACCAAGGUGACCUUUCAAAUAUGACACAUUAUGACCCAUUGUAUAAUGACUUAUGUGAUUGCAUUAAAAGUGUCUUACUGGCAAGCCUUCAAUAAUUUCUACUUCUACUUGAACAAGUUCUUAGAAGAGACUGCACGUGUCACUUGAACAUUUAAAUAUUUGUAUUUUGAGAAUAUAUUUUUUUUCUUUUUACUUUUUCCCAGAAAUAUCCCCAUGUUUUCCGAAUCCUUGCCAGAACGGAGGACAUUGCAUUCGAUCUGGAUACUCGUACACCUGUAGCUGUGUGGCUGGUUUUACAUCAGACAACUGUGAAGACGGUAUGUGGUACAUUGAAAGAAUCAAACAUUCAGGCAGAAAAGGGGAAAGGGAGGACUUAAUAAUUUUUAAGAUGCAAGAUUUUACACACAGGCAUGUCUAUCUUUCUGGAGGGCGUGAUACUGAAAUGGAAAUGACUUCUUUAUGCUUAUUUAAUUUGUCAGAUAUAAACGAGUGUGACUCGGAUCCUUGCCAGAACAAUGGUCACUGUAACAACCUGCCGGGGAGUUAUCAAUGCGCAUGUCCAUCAGGAUAUUUGGGAACCAACUGUCAGUCAGGUAAGUUUUAGUCUCCUUCUCAGCCGAUAAUUGCGAUGCCACACAACGUUCCACGAGUGCGCGUCUGAUAAAUUGAUAAGUGAAGAAAUGAUAGGAAGUGUUCUUCAUAUUUUCUCAUUGCAGUUUGCAAACACCAGAAAUUCAACUUGGCUUUCUUAGUUGACGGCUCAGCCAGCAUGAAAACUCUCAACUCAUCCGCUGCUUUUCAAUACAAACAGUUGGUCAAAUCUGUGAUCGACUUCUACAAGGUUGAUAAAGAAGACACUAAUGUCGGUUUAGUGGUCUAUUCGUCACUCACCAUAACUAAGUUUACCUUCCAAACGCAUUACGCUAAACCAGACAUCAACCAAAUGAUCGACUCCAUGGACUAUCCAGCAAAUGGUACUUACACGGGCUCAGCCCUCAUGGCUGUUCAGAAUGAUCUCUUUGCGCAGGCGCAAUCUGGAAGACACAACUGCCUUGUGACUCUCACAGAUGGAGUGUCCAAUGAUGACGUUUCUUUGCCAUCAGCUCAUCUCAGAGCAAUGAAGGUUGUGACUCUGGCUGUGGGUGUCGGCGAAUUCUACGCAGCAGAAGAGCUUCAACUGAUAGCAUCUACACCGUCCAAUGUGUUUGAGGCUCCAUCCUAUGAUCAGCUUCCAUCUACAGCUGACAGGAUAAAGGAGACGCUUUGUAACGGUAAGAUCUGCUGCUUUUCCACAACAUAGGGAGCGUCAUCGCAUAAAUAUUGGGGCUUAUUUUUUCACUUGCCUUUUUUAUCCAUUCUCUGGUCCCCUCAAAAAUAACAAUUUUUUUUCUUCCCGUGAAGCUGUGGAUUACUGCUACAGCAAUCCCUGCAACAACGGUGGAACAUGUGAAAGUCUAGUGGACAGUUACGAGUGCGCUUGUCCAUCUGGUUAUACGGGAGUCAAUUGUGAAAUGGGUAGGUGCACAAGUGUAAAAUGUGCAAAUCUUGUCUAUCGGUUCUUUACACUUCCUUUAAAGGGUCUAUGUUUGUGCAUAGCAUCAAUUUAUUCAAAUUCUUUUAUGUGUAAUGCGCUUGAAUCUUCUCAUACACCAAGCAUCUUCGUUGUCUUUUGAUUUAUUCCUUCCUCUUUGAUACUUGUAUUUCUCUGUACGCCAACUUCGUUUUUCUAUUGUGAUUGGUGUAGUACAGAACGAUCUACUAAAAAACACAAUGAUGAAAUUCCACUGUGUUGUAACCCUAAAUGUGAUUUAUGUCUGAAUUAUUACCCAGAUAUUAACGAGUGCGCAGAUAUGGGCUGUGGAGAUAGAAAAAUAUGCAUCAAUUUCCCGGGAACUUCAUUUUGUAACUGCAGACCAGGAUUUUUCGACAAAGAAAACUCUUGCAACCGAGGUACUGAUAGCUUUAACUAUGCUAGUCAAUCUUGUUCAUGUAUGUUUUAAUCACUUUUCAAACCUGUUAUGAGUCAACCAUGUCAUCCAACCUCGCACCGAUUAUAUCCACUAUAUCUUUUUCUGUUCAUCAUAGAAUAUUCAGGUACUUUCAAUAUCGGAUUCCUUGUGUACACUGGAGAUGACAUCGACAACUAUCAGAAGGGGAACUUUAAAAAGCUAGUGGGGUUCGUUAAAGGCAUCGUAAAAACCCUUAAGGAUGAUGGGGACGAAUCACACAUAGGGAUUAUUGGGUACUCUGACACCCCUUACUUGAAGAAGCGAUUGGACAACACCACGCAUUCAGAGCUUGAAGUUGAAUUGGACAAUUUGAAUACAACUGGUAAAGGAAGAUAUAUUGGAAAAGCUUUGGAACUAACGAGCAGGGAGUUAUUUAAUCAGUCAAAUGGACUUACUGGCAGAAAAUCUCGAGACAUCGUUGUUGUCAUAGUAGACGGAAGUUCAGCCGAUGACAUUGCUGUCCCUUCUUUCGCUUUAAAAGAAAACAACGUUACAAUAUUUAGUGUUGGUAUUGGUCGGUACAAAAGUGGUCAGUUGAACGAGAUGGCUUCAGAACCCAACUCAGAACAUGUGUUUACUACGAAUGAUUAUGAGGGACUUGGUCCCGUAAUGGCUUCCCUGAAAGAUGCGAUUGUUAAAGGUAAAGAAAUCUGUUUCAUACAGAGAUCUUAUAAAUAGAUACGGUAAAGGGUAGAGAAUUAAUUCCCUAUCAGUUGUGGUCUUCUUGAAGCAACCGAAGAUGAAAAGAGAAAAAGGGGUCAGAAACAUUUUUUUUGCACAUAGUUAUCAUUCCCAGGUUACUUAAAAAAAAGAAUUCAUCGAUGAUGCCAGCUGAUUAUCUCCUCCUUAAUCUCAGCAUUGUUUUAUUGACAGAUGUGGAUCCUUGUUCAAUCAAUCCUUGUUUCAAUGGUGGAAGUUGUGUCAAUCAUCCUUCAGGAAACUACACUUGUAUUUGCAAGUCUGGCUGGGCUGGGAAACAGUGUGAAGUUGGUAAGUGGCAAGUUUUGACCCUAACCAAGCAACGAUGUGCUAUGAAAAACAGUUUGCGUGCUGUUGCUGUUGUUUUUUUUUUCGGUUUCGUUCUUUAUGUUGCUGUUGUUGUUGUUUUUUUUUAAAGUUUCAAUUGAUAUAUUUUCUUGCAGAUAGUAAAAAAAAUUCAUUGUUGAGAAUUAAUGUUGUCUAUUUGUGAUAUUUAGAUGGAUCACCUUGUAUUCUUUCUCAACUUCCUUGCUAUAAUAAUGGAAACUGUACAAUCGGAGAUGACGGCACUCCUCAGUGCCAAUGUGUUCUUGGAUGGAAUGGCACUAACUGUGAGGAGGGUAAGUGGAGAAACCUACUUAAAGUGAAAUAAAUAUUUUCCUGUCUGGUUCGAGCUAACUCAGUCCAUAAAAAUUGUACCAAAUAACCACUGCUCUUCUUUCCCUCCUUCAUUUUUUGAACCUCGUAUCUCGCGGGAUAGUAUGGCUCCUCCCGACCCCACCCGUGCCGUCGCGUACGGCCAUGCGAUAAAUAUGAAAGUUUUUUUUCCAGACUUGGAUGAAUGCACAAAGAAUCCUUGUUUCAAUGGCGGACAAUGUAUGAACACCCCAGGAAGCUAUUACUGUAAAUGUCCAGUCAAAUUUACUGGGGAACAUUGUCAGACUCGUAAGUACUGAGUGCAGUUUUAAUAGGUGCUAAGUAGGAAGUUGCUAAGUGGUAAAUCCAUCGUUCUCUGCUUGUCCAUCUGGAGUUCUCUGCAAAUAUGCCUAUCUCUCUGACUGACUGACUGACUUAGUUUUGGAAGACAUUCGAAUCACCCAUGUACGUUCUAAUAAAGAUGCACGAACUAAUUCCUGCCAUAAAAUCAUGUAUUUCGCUAUGUCGUUGAGUUUAACUGUUGUAACUCAAAUGUAAGAUGUUCAAAUUUUUGUAGGGUGUGAAGGCCAAUUUGUUAACGUCGGUUUUCUGAUUGAUGGAUCCGCCAGCGUGGAACUCUCUGGUAGUGGAAACUUUAACAAGACACUUGAAUUUGUAAAAGGUUUCAUCGAUUAUCUUGAUGUGUCUGAGGAUAGAGCUCACGUUGGCUUAGCAGUCUUCUCUACUGAUGUUUACCAAGUGUUCAAUUUUGGAGAGUACCAUAACUCAUCGGAAGCUGGAAGAGCAGUGAAUGGCGUCCGUUACCCGAAUCAGGGAAGACACAUUGGGAAAGCAUUGAACUACAUGCGACAUAAGAUGUUCUCAGAGCCUAAACUUCGGAGAGACGUUUCAAAUUACCUGGUGUUAAUAACUAGUGGGUCUUCUUAUGAUCUGAUUAGAACUCCAGCAAAGGAAUUGCGUGACAAAAACGUGACAAUAUUUGCUGUCGGGGUCGGUGAUGAUUAUGAUGAAGAUGAACUUCGAGAAAUCAGCGGCGAUGAUGGACGGUUAGUUUAUAGAACGACGUUUGAUGGUUUGGAAAAUUUGAAAACGGAGCUGAAAAGAAAAAUCUGUUCACGUAAGUAUCUUAACAGGGCUGACUGGGACUUAAAUGUAUGGUUAUUAUAGAGAUCACAACAAUCUUAUGUCGCAUAUAUACUAACUGACUGACUGGCAAGUUCUACAUGUACUAGGAAUUUCAUCACUGACAUUGGCCAAGAUAAAUUGGAAUUUAUGUAUGUUAACAUAAAAUUUUUGAGGUAUAAUUUCACCUAAAUCCUCUACAAAUUUUCUACCUAAGUCUCCUUUCUAAGUCAUUUUAGCUAGAGAUGUACUCAUUGACAAGACCACUACAUCGAGCAACUACCUCCAAGGACUUCCUGCUUAAAAGUUGUUUGUUUUCUGGACACGGGGGCCUUUUGUGGAGUGGAAAAAAACUGUUUCCAUGUUCAAUACCGGGUCAAAAUUUAUUUAGGAAGUGGUUCUUAACGAAAUUUUGUAAAUUUGUUUGUAACUGUUGCUUUGAUAGAUGAAAUGAAAUGAAUCAUUUUUUCUUGGGUUUAUCAGUUGAAGAUCAUGGCACUUGUAACUCUUCACCGUGUAUCAAUGAGGGAACUUGCAUUAACACAGGGAGAAGUUACCGCUGUGAAUGCUCACGUGGAUACUAUGGACAGGAAUGUCAGUUUGGUAUGUGGAAUUAACCACUUGUUACCCCGAAAGUAGACGUGAAAUUGAAUAAGAAGGUGUAUCCCUUCAAAGAUCUCUCGGAAACGCGGUGGUCUUAGCGAACGAGACUCUUAAUCUAAUAGGACGAAAUCAAUCAUUGACAUUCUGUUCUCGCUGGAAUUGAAAUAUUUGCUUUAACUGUAAAAAAAAAACUCUGUUUCCAUUAUUUUGUUUUUUUGGUCAUUUUCAUUUUCCGUAAAUGUUUAAUUCGCUCGUAACGGACUAGACACUCUACGGAGAGUUUAGUUUUUCUGAACCCUUUCACGAAUUAUAUUCUGGACAAGUCUUGAUUGACUGAUUUCUUUCUCCAGUUUAAACGCUGUAAUCGCAUUUUUUUACUUUAGGUUGCGGAUUCAGGGAGCUGGGUCUAAAAGUUCCAAAUGAACGAAGAAUACCAGAUGAUGACAUCACAGCGUCUUCCCAAAAAGAAGAAGGACGAGCAGCAUACCGAGGGAGGAUUGGUGUCGAAACUAUGGGUUUAUGGAAAGAUGGCUGGUGCGCAUCCGUUAUAGACACAGCACCUUAUUUACAGGUGUUCUUUGGUAAGUGAAAUUAAGUUGCUAGACUUGUCACUUUAUUUCCUCUCCUCCCAUCUCAGCCAUUGUGAAAACGAGUCUUCGAUUUCUGGGUUGCUUAAAGUGUUUUUUUUUUUUGGUUUUUUUUUGUAUGUGUUUCUCUGUCUGUUUUAUUGCGAUGGUGCUAAUUAAGUGGUACUUCCUAUGCCAGUUUUCUCGCUCUUACCUUUAUUUUUUACAAAGAAUCAAGUAUUUAUUCAUUGGUAUAUUCGUGUUGGUAUACUUCUGUUUGUUAUUUAUUAUCUUCUAAAUUAUUGGUUUUUUUACUCACGAGUACCAUCUAUUUACUUUCACAUCUGUAGUUUUUGCUUUGUCAUUUUAGCAAAUGAAUAACUGUUGCCACCGUUUCUCUGUGUUUAAGGGUACCUAACAAACGUAUCCGUAAUUGAGACCGAAGGUGUCACCGAUGAUUCAACGAACUCUUGGGUCGAAAGUUAUUAUGUGUCUAUGAGUAACGACUCUCAACCUGGAUCGUUCGUCAACUACACUGAACAAGGAGUAACUAGAAUUGUAAGUUAAAUUUCUGUUAGAGACCCAUUCAGCAAUAGUUCGCAAGAACGGAGAUUCCGUUGCUAAUUUUUGCCUAAGAGUGAGAACUUUCAUCAAAUUUCCUGUAAGAUGGGUCAAUUCAGUGAGGUCAGGUGUGCAAAUGAAACAUUGAAAUUCAGGCAGACAAGUAGACACUCCACAAACCGAUCGACCGACAGACAGUCCAGGAAUCGAACAGACCAAUUUAUAGAAUUCUUUAACACGAAGUAUGCACAUGGGUCAAACAGAGAGCAGAAUUUGCACUCACACAGGGUAAUUUACUACGGCAAGUCGUUAUUUAGUACAUUGAAAUAACUGAUACACAUGUAUUGAUACAUGUGGUCUCGAAUGUAUAAUGAAGACACUUAACGCGUUCCUCUUGUCUAUCAUUACAGUUUCACGCAAAUGAUGACAUUCAAGGUAAGAAUCUGAGUCUUGAAGGAACGAGAGCUCAUUACAUCCGAAUUCAUCCUGUCAGUUUCACUGGUUCGUCUGCUUGUAUGCGCAUCGCUUUAUAUGGCUGCGACUCAGGUAAUUACACUUUGUAAGAACGUAUGAGAAGUCCUUACCUUCCCUCAGUAGAAAAUGAAAUUCUCCAAGCAGGUAUUGGCGUAUUAAUUGUGAGUAACUUAGCUGCCGGGUUAAACCUGGUAACUAAUGUAGUAAACAGAUAAUGAGAAUGGAUUAAUUUAAUUUCAGCUCGAUAAUGAUAUAUUGUCAAAUUCUUUUAAGACAUUUUUCAUAAAAGUUUAACUGCCCUGAGGGAGACUUAUUAAUCAGGUAGAAUUAAUGUAUUCUCAUUGCAGAGGACUUCCCCUCUUCGGGCAUACUGCUUCAGAGAGUGAAUAACGAAACGCCAGAGGAAAGCAUAGGGUUUGAUCGAAUCAUAGCAGGUAGGUUAUGGUUUUUGGUCUCCGCUUUGAGUUGUUACUCUUUUUUCAAGUCAUGAAUUCUUGCGCAAAUAUACAUGUUUUUUAAUUAGUUGCAACAACGAAUUCAGAAAUAAUGUUAAUUAGAGAGAUUUUCGUGUCGAGUUUCGUGAAACCAAACCAAAUUAAUUUUAACGUCCAAUCAGAAUAAAGGUCAAGUAACGCUAGGAAUAAUGGGAACUCAAAGUUCAGUAAGGUAAUUUUUUUGACGCGCGUGGAAAACGAGGAUGAUCAAUGCAAGUCUCAGAUGGUUUUAGUCCUAAAUCUGAUUGGUUCAGAGGAUGACUCAAACUUUCCAGCACAGUAGAAAAGCACAGUAACACAAAAUCUUCUUAAAUCUUGGAAAUCAAUCUUAAAUUUAUCUUUUUUCUCCGUUUUCUAAUUAAUUAUUUGUCUUGUAUUUUUAGUAAUUCCAGCAGUUUUUGGUGCCCUCCUUUUGGGCGGCUCAUUGUUAUUCCUUAUACGUUAUCUUCGGUGAGUGAAAACGAUUUGCGUCUCAUUUUGCGACGGCAAAUUUUGCUGAUAGGUAAAAUAAAUAAAAGUUCGUGACGUUAUCGAGUAUAUUACAUUACACGAAAAAAGGGUCAUGCACUGAGUCGUUGUUUUAGUGUUGCGUCCGGAAAGUGAAGCAACAAGGUUGAUGUCAGUUAGAGAUAAGUAAAGGUAUGUAAACCUCGGCACCGAAUUUUGAAAAGAUGAUGUUUCGAGGACUAGAUCCUUGUUAAGCAAGAGUGCUAUAUGGUCUAUCAUUUUAGUUUUAUGCAGUUUUUUGUAUUCGUGUAAGCUCAAGCCAAGUAGCUUCUCGCGGGGUGUUUUUAAGAAAUUGGCUACCAUUUCUAUGGAUUGUUAAUUUUUGAAUUUUCUUUUUCUACAGGAAGAGAUCUUCACGACAAAUGAAAGGUUAUUCAACAAUGGAUGAAGAGGAAGGAAUCUACCAAACAAUCCCCUCUGAUCUGCCCAUGUAUGAGGUGCAGACUGUUGCAAUCGAGAUGGGCCCUGACAAAGCCUUGAAUAGCAUUGGAAUCUGGAACGAAGCGUACGAGUCUUACGUUGGAGACGAGGAAGAAGAGGAAGGAAUUGAGCGGCAUUAUCAGAGUCUAGAUGACGAAGAAUACGAACAUAUUUACGAGAAUCUACCUUCAGCUUUUGAAGUACAAACGCUGAGUGUGGAGGUGAACGGAAAGGAAGUGGUACCAGGGGAGGUUCACAGUGAAAACGCCUUUUAUGAAAGUGUUUACCCAGAGAGCAAACUCGAAGAGAAACGAAGAAAACAAGGGUUUUUUGAGUUACCUCGAUAUCGGGAGUUGUCAGAGGAAGAAGAUGAUGACUACGACGAUAACGAAGACAAUGGCAGCGAUAACGAAGGUUAUGAGGAUAUUUACGACAAUAUUUUCUUCCCUGAGGAGCCAUCAGAGGAUCAGAAGAAGAGGACGCUUACAUUUUCUCCGCAACAGACGGCCGAAGAUGGAAUUUUCUCUUACGAAAACAAGGUAACAAGUAAACUUUUGCUGCAUAUAGCGAUAUGCAUCUUUUUGAGGCAAAAAAAGCGACAUAAAGAUCAUACAUUCCACAUUGCUGCCUCCUUGAAAAAAAAAACCGUUUUCUAAUUCAUGUUUUUCUGAAUCAGAUUUUUAGCUUUGAUCGCCGAACGACAACGUUGGAAGAAAUCCAGAGGAAGAAGAGUCAAGUUUUUCCAUUCCUUUGAAUCUCCACAAGUUAUUUAUCGUACCAUAGACUGUCUUAAACUGCACUACCCCAGCAUUUGUCAUGCAGUUCUUGUUGCAUAGUUUAAGAUUCCUAUAAACAGUUGAGGCUCACGUUAUUGAUAACUCGAUUGGUACAGAAAACGUGUUUGUAACCGAGGCAUGAAAUACGAUUGUUGUGUGGUUUAAAAAGCGGAGUUUUUUAUUUUUGAAGGUUCCCCAAACAGCAUCGUCCACGUAAGGGAGUCUUUUGCAAGGCGUACCCCAGCACGUUAGACUGAUAUGAGAGUCUUUGUUCUUGGACAGCUAGCAGAAUUAUUUACAGAUGUGUAACGAAAACUGAUGUUUGUAGAUAAACUGUGAUGCUGCUUCAGUGAGGAAAUUACAAGAUAGUUUGGUUUUAUGAACAGAAUCGAUGAGGUAAAUUGGCCACCGUAAAGAGGGGUAAUACCUCUUUGCGGUGCCUAAUUUAGAGUAUCAAACCAAACGAUCUUUCUUUAAGAUUUGAUUGGUUUAAAAUCAUAGAUACGUUAUACAAAGUCCUUGUUCGAUAGCAUUGUAGACCGUAAAAAUCAAUUUUGUUAGUUGG